AUGCACCAGCAAGUCAUCACUAUUUUCGGGGCCACUGGCCUCCAGGGAGGAAGUGUUAUCAAAACUUUCCUUGGGGACCGCAAGCUGAAAGGGUGGCUCAUUCGUGGUGUCACUCGCAACGCGUCUUCCGAAAAGGCCCGGGACCUUGCGGCCAAAGGCGUUGAGGUCGUUGAGGCCAAUCUGAACGACCGAGUUUCUGUUCUUAAAGCCGUACAAGGGUCGACAGUUGUUUACGGGGUCACGAAUUAUUGGGAGAGCUUGGACAAGAAUCUUGAGGUUCAGCAAGGGAAGAAUAUUGCCGAUGCAGCAAAGGAAGCUCAAGUUCAGCAUUACAUUUGGAGCUCAUUGCCCAACAUCACCAAGCGUAAGCAUAUUGCCAUCGGACCUUUCGCACGGGAAUACUCACAUGGCUUUGCAGUAUCGGGCGGUGUCCUGUCUUGUGUUUAUCAUUUCGACAGCAAAGCAGAGGUUGAGAGCUACGUCCGGUCGCUCGACAUUCCCGCAUCAUUCUUCAUGCCUGGACUUUACGCAUCAAAUUUGACCACCAAUCUGAUAAAAAAGACACCUCUUGAAGACGGAUGGAGAUUCUUCCUUCCCGCACCUUCGACUGCCGAAAUCCCCUUCUUCGACGUCAACGACACAGGCAAAUUCGUCAAAGGUAUGAUCCUGAACCGAGAGCAAGUUCUGGGCAAGCAAAUCCUUGGUGCCUCAAAUUAUAUGACGCCGGCUGAGGCCAUCGAAACAUUCAAAAGCCUGUUUCCCAAAGCAGGCGAGAAUGUCGCAUUUGUUGAGAUGACACAUGAUGCCUACAGGGGAGUCUUAACAAGCCAAGGCCUCCCAGCCUUUGCAGCAGAGGAGUUGUUACAGAAUCUGCGACUCCUGGCUGAGUUUGGCUAUUACGGCAGGGCAAAAUUAGACGAGUCGCAUGCUAUUCUGGAUGAUGAGCUGAUGACCUGGACACAGUUCGCGAGGUGUGCAAAAGAGUUUGAGGGUCUGGAGUAA